UCGUCUUAUCCACGCUUUGUUCUCGUCGAUACCCAGGAUUGCCUCUAUACUGUGUUGAUCAACUGCUCCUACCUCGUUUAUUUCUCGGUUGUAGGGGCACAGCCUUCUCUACUGCGUAUACCCUCUGCAACGUACCGGCAUUCGAUGGAUUCGACGGACGAUGUUUCCCACAAGCGAGCACAGUUGAAAUGUUGUCCUCCAGGGCACCGUGGCCGUGAUGAUGCCCUCUUCGACCUGGCGUGGGUCCUCCACGAGAGAUUCAAAAAAAAGCGUAGAAUCAACGACUUGAAUGAGGCAAUCACUUUGCACGGCGAUGCUUUGGAACUCCGACAACUCAAGAAUGACAGUCGGGCUCGGUCGCUCCAUGAACUUGCUCUCUGUCUCUCAUAUAGAUAUUGCGAGAAGGGGGCUGUCGACGACUUGAAAGAGGCUAUCAGACUUGGACGUGAAGCACUACAGCUCCAUCGACCAGGGCAUCCCAGUCGUGAUGUAGUUCUCUACAAUCUGGCUAGGGACCUUCGCAGGAAGUUCGAGAAACAAGCUGAUAUGCUUGACCUGAACGAAGCGAUUGAGCUGCUCCGCGACACAUUGAAACUACGUCCCCCUGGACAGCUUCAUCGGUCUCUAUUACUGCACAGCCUCGCUCGAUGUCUUUCGGAUAGAUAUCGGGUAGUUGCCAACUACGGAGGAGCCAUUCUACUUGGAACAGUUUUAACGCCUCGUCAACCUGGACAUCCUGAUGGUGGUACAGCCGAUAUAGAUGAGGCUAUCGCGCUUGAGAAAGAAGCUAUGCAGCUACUUAGACCCGGAGAUUUUCGUUACACUAUAUGCCGGUCCUCUCUUAUACUCUGCGUUCGACUGAAGACCAAGUCACAAGCUAAUAUGCCCUUCUCCGAUACCUCACCAGUUCCCCCCUUUGACCUUAAGCAAGCCAUCCGUAAUGUCGCAUUUGAAACUCUCAAAACCAUGCCGCCCAGGCUUCUGCACACAGGUACUGGCACCCUAUGCAACCGAAACGUACAGAUAUCACGUUUCAUGGGCAGCCAACAGUGCAAUCAGUUGCUUUCUUCGUGCGCAAAGUGCGACCCGGAUCAGCGAAUGCGGCUCAUCCGUACCGAAGUUUCGAGAUACUUUCAGUUCGUCAUGUUCUCUCACCGCUGGGGUAAACGCGAGCCAUUAUUGCGCGACAUCGAGGACCGCGCGAUAUAUAACAUGCGAGCCAAGGGGGGCUUGAGAAAGCUCCAAGUCUUCUGUACUGUCGCUUCGGAGUGUGAAUACCUUUGGGCAUGGAGCGACACGUGCUGCAUAGACAAAGACAGUAGUGCCGAGUUGCAAGAAGCGAUAGGAUCAAUGUUUACAUGGUAUCGACGUUCUGCCCUGACCAUCGUGUACCUUCCUGACGUUUCCGGUACCGGUUCGCUUGGGAUUAGCGAAUGGUUCGAACGUGGGUGGACCCUGCAAGAACUACUGGCUCCUAGCCGCAUCCUAUUCUACACUCAAACCUGGUCGCUUUACAAGAACCUCACGUCUUUGAACCACAAGGCCGACGUCUCCGUGCUGGGAGAACUGGAGAGGGCAACUGGAAUAAAGUCCCGGUUCCUCACCAACUUUUUUCCUGGCGUGGAUGACGCACGUUUGAGACUUCAAUGGGCAUCAUCACGUCGUACCACUCGGCCUGAAGAUAUUGCCUAUUCCUUGUUUGGGAUCUUUAAUAUCCGCCUCCCCGUUCUGUAUGGUGAAUCUGCCAAGAAUGCACUUGCCCGUCUGCUGGCUGAAAUCAUAUCGCACUAUGGAGACAUCUCGGUUUUGGAUUGGACCGGAGAAGCAUCACCGUUUCAUAGUUGUUUUCCCUUCAACAUCACCUCGUAUCAAAAGCCACCCUUUUUCCCACCCCAAGCUAGUACAGUGGAACAUGUGACAACAAGAGUUGCGUGGAGGAUGGCAGAGCAGCCCUCGUCGUCUACAGCGCUACAGACGCUGUAUCGCUCGCUCACUAAGUUGCCCCUCCCGCGAUUUGUCAAUCACCGGCUUAUACUGUCAUGCAUCGUUUAUGCCGUUACAGGGGUUCAGCGGAGAAGGGCAGAACCAUUCGCGCGGGGUUACAAGUACAAAAUCCAAGCAUCCGGUCUGAAAACUCUUGAGAUUACACUGCCAAGCGAGUUAGAAAGUGGUACUCUGCAGCUUGUUCGCCCUUGGUGCUCGAAGCUGCUUGGUCCAACUACCGAGUCAUACGCCACAACCCAAGAGCAGCUACUUUUUACACUGGAGAGGCCGUUUAACGCUCUUUUGUUGAUCCAGCUCCGUCACAACGAGUACAAACGGAUCGCGUGUUCUACCUCCAUAAUUGCUCAGCCUAUAAACUUGGCUAGCAUUUUGCAAAGCCAUGUGAGGACUUUGAAGAUUGUGUAGAUAGUCAGGGCGCUACAACAUCCAUAGCAUUAUUAUCGUAUCGCCUGCACGAGUAAAACGU